UACUGCCUCUCUCUCUUGGUUUAUCUCUCUGUUACUCUCUCUCUUUUUCUAUCUCUCUGCAUAUCAUUGAUCUAGUAUGAACAUAUGCUAUAUGCUGCAUAUUUGGCACAGAAGUCAGCUAUAAGAGAGCAGACAAUAACAAGGAGCAACUUAAACAUGACAAAAAAAGGAUACUCCAGGAACAUAAUGUAUGAGAAGGGCACAUCUCUGGGCACUAUAGAGAUUCUAUUUCUUUUGACCUUGUUUCUAAGAACAUGUACUGCUCUGCAGGUUUUUGCACCAAGAUCCCCAGUUACAGGGUACUCUGGUUCCAGUGUGCUACUGGAAUGUUUCUUUAAUGAUACCGCUGAGGCAGUGGACCUCAGUAAACUGGUGCUGACGUGGAGAUUCCAGAACAAAGAGGUGGCAAAAUAUGAUGAAGAUGCUGAUGAAACUGUAACCAAGAUUCCAAGAGCAGAGCUGUUUGUGGAUGAAUUACAAAGUGGGAACGCUUCACUUCUCCUCAAGUAUGUUACAUCAGGAGAUGCAGGCAAAUAUACAUGCUCUGUGCAGUACACGCUCUAUGAAAUACAGAAUAGAAAGUUAACAUUAAAUGUUUUGGAUCCUCCAGUCACCACAAAACCCACAUUCAUUCCCACAGAAGUCAUAGAAGUGGAACAUGUUUCAACAGCACUUCCAGCAGCCACAACAGAGACAAUUCCUACGGAAGCCACUAAGGUGACAGAAGUUUCAACAGAGCUUCCAGCAACCACAAAAGAAACAAUUCCUACAGAAGCCACUGAAACGACAGAAGUUUCCACAGAUUUUCCAGAAACCACAAAAGCUAUUGUUAUUACCACAGAAGUCACAGAGGUGAAAGACAUUUCAACAGAUCUUCCAGAAAUCACAGGAACCACAGAGAUGCCUAUAGAAGACAAAAACAUGCCACAUGGAGGUAAUUCUGGUUCAAACCUUGUGGCUGGAGCCCUCAUAUUCCCUUCUGUGCUUGUGGCACUAUAUCUUCUUUAAGAGUAAUCCUGGUUACACCUGACUGCUUACUGUCUUGAAUUAAUCUGAAAUCUGUCUUUAUACAUCUGCAACUCCAUCUUAAGAUCAAACCCGAGGUCACCCAAAAUGGAGUAACUGCAUCGGGAGAGCUGGCUUUUUAUAAUACAACAUUAAAGGAGAGAAGUAAGGCAGAAGUUCUUAAUCUGUUCAAAGCCUGCAGAAGUCAGAGAAACAAAUUCUUCCUAAUAUAUGAAGCAAUUUGACCAGAACACUAUAUUCCAUGGAACCUUCUCCACUCUUGCCUCAAAUAUGUACAAAAUCUGCAAGGCAUUCUGAAAGCAAAGUGCAAUAUGUAAUCUGGAGACUACACAAAAAACAAAGAACUGUUCAUCCUCUAAAGGCUAUAACAAACUUUAGAUGUGAGUUACCUAGGCUCUUGUUGAAUCAGAUCAUUGUCUGUGUGAAAUUUGAAGACUAUUGCCAUUACUUCAUUUAUACACAUUUUUAUACAGCUACAUGGAAUCUGAUAUACUUUUCUUACACCAAUAUGUAAACUAAUGCUUUUUUUGCUUUUUCUCAAGACAUGUAAUGAGCGUUAAGGAUAUGAGCAUUUUCAGGGCACCUGUAAUUUGAAUUACACAGUUAUUUCCCACCAGCCUACUGUUUUGAACUUUGUCUAUAGGCGUCAGCGUGACACACCCCACUGCUGCGAUGCCCAGCACUGCUGUGUGCAUUGUUUCAGGUUAGAGAACAUUCCAGUGACAAGUAAUAAUGAAAACACAAAGCUUCUGUGAUAUCCCAAGAUCAUCUAUAUUUAUAUUGAUAUAUGAUUGAUUAUCUCUUAAUUUCUUUUUUCUAUAGAUAUUAAGUGAAAUCAAGUUACUUAAAUAAAUGUAUCUUUAAAUUA